CCGAGGGGCGGACCCGGAGCUCCGUCCAGCGAAAUCCACAGCGUGUCUGAGCAAAAUGAAACAUGGAUGAGGAGGUCGCUGAAAGUUGGGAGGACGCUGCCGAUAGUGGGGAAAUGGAAAAACGGUUAGAAGAGAAGCUACGGAUCAGCCAGAAAGAAAAGGAAUCCAGUAAUUCUCCACGAUCUCUGUUGAAGACGACCAUGGUGAUACAGGACGACUCUUUACCAGCAGCACCCCCACCUCAGAUACGCAUUUUGAAGCGGCCUGCAAGCAAUGGGUCACUGGGAACACCGUUAAAUCAGAACAGGCCUACACCGCAGGUCAAAUCUCUGGCCCAGCGAGAAGCAGAGUAUGCUGAGGCCAGGAAGAGAAUACUGGGCAGUGCCUGCCCAGAGGAGAUGCCUCAGGACAAGCCUAACACUGACAGGCCAGGGCGCAAUAACUCUACAUUGCCUUCAGAGGACACCAGAUCAAACAAUCACACUGUCCGGCAGCCAACCGGCCCAGACGGCACCCAAGGGUUCCGACAGCACAGAUAAGGGGGCCUCGGAGGCCAACUGGCCAUUGAGGGGAGAGAGAUCAAGGGCCACCCGAGAGCAAACACAUUACUGUAUUUUUGAAACUUCCUUCCUUCAGUUCCUCUAUAUCAGAUGGGCUGUGAGUCCAGCCGCAUCACUGGCCUCCUCUUCCCACUCACAGUUGGUGCGGAACUGCCAGGGAGCGAAGAACUCAAGUACGAAGUCAAAUGGAAAUGUGCUCUCUUCUAUCCCCACUGUUUGGCACUGUGAUUAUGGACAUCCUCUGGACUCACUGUGAUGAUCCCCUUUAAGAGAAGCCCCUCGCCUCCAUCUGUCCUCCUUUGGUCCCUCAUGCCUCCAUUCAAGGACGCCUGAACGGCAGAAGCAAAGACUUGAACAAAGGACAGCUCAGAGAGGAGUAGUAAGUGGGGCCAUAUCAAAAUGAGAUGAGCUGGUACUUAUGCAGCAGCUUCUUCCCAGCAAUAAUAUAAGACAUCACUUCAAUGUUUUUAAUUUUUCAGAUGUUGGCUCACAAUUUUUUUUAUUGUUUUUCUUGCUUGUCUUUGUGAAUACUAGGGAUGCUCUGAUAUCUAACGCAUACAGAUAGAAGUACUUCAUAUAAUCUGCACACCACCCAGAAUCUGUAUUUAUUACUGAGAUUUUUAGAAAUAUGCAUAACGUCUGGAGUUUUUAUGAAAUGGGAAACACAUUAUUCCACCUUUGUUUGGUGGUAAAAUAAUAAAUUGCUUUCAUAUGGUUUAAACUGAUGCUCUGGACUGAAUUUGUGGUGUCUUGCAUUAAACACGCCCCUAAUGCUGAGUACUAAACUGAGAUGUUGGAGUUAUCAGUGCACCCCUACUAUGUAAAUUGCCAUUUGUUUUUAAAAGCUGAGGGUAGGGGUCGUCUGUCAAGUUGUUUAUCUGAUAAAUUCUGUUUACGGUUUGUCUUUUGUUUUUCAAUGAAGCUUUUGAGCUGUCUUCCUUUGUUUGUCACUUAAUUUCUAUUUAAAAGUAAAAGCAAAAAAAAACCAUGAAAAGGAGAUAAGUAGCUUUUUCUGUAUUUUUUUCUAUAACAUAGCAGCAAUGUCAGAGCAAAGCAGUAUUUUUAAUUGAAAUGAACCAAAAUCCCUUUUAAAACCAACCUAAAAUGUCACUAUUGUUUGAAGGUGGUGUUGGCAGCAACUCAAAGGAGAGUCAGAGGGUAGAUUGAAAUUACUGCUGUACUUCACAAGCUUCUCCGUUGUUUCUCCACCUCUUCAGCGGUGUGCUUGUUUCUUCAUGUCGUCCUCUGAGGUACAGCACAUUGGAACUCAGGUGUAAGUGAACGAGACUGAAUGAAUGAAAUGAACCAAGAUUGUAUUUUUCCUUCAGGUUUGAUUGCGCAAACAGCUAAUGUCCGUAUUUAAACUUGGGUUCGCACUUAGAAACAGUGCUCUACAGAGAGAAAUGUAACUGAAAUUAUGCCCAUGUCCCAAGCCGAAUGAAUGCCAGAUGUUUUUGUUUGUUUCGUCUUAAUUGUCAGCAUCUUGGUCACAUUAAGAACAGAAAAAAACAUCCUGGUGUGAUUGUUCAGUAACUGAUGCUACAGUGGAGUGUGUAAACACAGUUGGAUGUGAAAAGGAAAGGAGUUUAAGCGGCUUUCCAGGACCCAUGUGCCCAGAUGUUCAGUUUUUCACUGUUAUUUGCGCAGUGAGGAGAUCUCAAUAAAGCCAUAUUCAUUGGUGCAACGUUA